AUGCGGCCAGCGCCAAAACACUCGAAGCUGACCGCAGACGGGCUUGGCGUGACCAUUCUGUUGCCGCCUGGUAAUACAAAUAAGGGCAGUGUAACGCUUCCUAGCACGCCACUCAGAGGACCCAAUACUUCAACACGGGGCGUCAAUGUGGGCAAACUGCCUAGAACGGAAGAGUUUGGCUCUUCGUUGGAGAGGAUCCGGCUGCUCAAUAAAAUCGGCCUUAGGUCGCCAAUGUUGGACCGCCACAGACCGUCCCAUGGGCUUGAACCGUUUCCCUCUCGCCAGUUUGAAGAGCUCCAGUCUGUUCAUACCCAUAGAACUGUGAAGACUAUGGCUUCACGGAUUUUCUCCAUUGUACAUACCCCUUUGUCGAGUUUCAAGCGGUACUACGACGACUUUACCACCAUAGACUGGGCCAAGGCGUUCAUUCUGAUGAAUAUGUUUAACUAUGGCCUUCACCACGGAAUGAUGAUUAAACAGGGAGCUGCACCAGACCCAGAGAGUGGUGAUGAUGGCGAUUCUGUCUUUCAAACGCCCCUUUCGCUCCUCCAGAAUUCGUACCUUCUUUUGGGUAAAUGGGUCUUGAUUUGCAUCAUUGCAUUUUUCUUUGCCGUCAUUGCAUUCUUUAUUGAUAAGUUUGAGGUGCUUUUUGUUGGGUUUAAGCAUGGUUACUGUAAGACAAACUGGUUUGCGUCCCAGGUGUCGUGCUGUUCCCUUCCCGUAGACUCAUCAAGCGUGUUUUCCAAUGUUACUUCAGAAUGCCCAGACUGGGUCUCGUGGUCUACUUUGCUUGAAGGCAACAGAUUGAGCAAAUACGUGAGACUUGAUUUUGCCAUCUACGUUAUUCUCACCUUGGCAUUGGCUCUUUCUGCUGGUAUGAUUACACUUACCACGAAAAUUCCAUCCAGACUUCCUCAUUUGAAGGAUGAAAGUCCAAUCCUGACCGCCGAUUCCACCUAUGACGAUUAUAAUAUGGAUCCUGAUUGCCCUGAGAAAUCUGCCAAAGUUAUAUAUUCCGGAGCAGGCUCCGGUGUCCCUGAAGUUAAGACGAUCUUAUCUGGUUUCGUCAUUAGAAGAUUCUUGGGAUCAUACACCCUUUUUGCUAAAACUGUGGCUUUGAUUUUUGCAAUUGCAUCGGGAAUGGCGCUUGGUAAAGAAGGGCCUUACGUUCAUUUAGCUACCUGUGUGGGUAAUAUCUUCACCAGACUCUUCCCUUAUAUCAAUGGCAAUGAUCUUUUGAAAAAGCAGGUUCUUUCUGCAUCUGCAUCUUCGGGGGUUGCCCUAGCUUUUGGCUCCCCGUUGGGUGGUGUCUUGUUCAUUUUAGAGGAGAUCAACCAUUACUUACCAUCGCAUCAAUUAUUCCUCAUCUUCAUUUGUGCCAUGACGUCUACGUUAUUCCUUAAAUUCUUGAACCCAUAUGGGACUGAUAAAACAGUGUUGUUUGAGCUUAACUAUGAGUCUGACUGGAAAGCUACCGAGCUUCCAUUCUUCGUCAUCAUUGGAAUUGCAGGCGGUUUGUUUGGCGCUUUCUUUGUUCGCUUCACCAAAUGGUGGCCAAAGACUUUCCGCCAGCUUCGGUUUAUCAAAGGCCAUCCAAUGGUAGACAUCUUCUGCGUUGCAUUGGCUACCGGAGUGGUAACCUUCUGGAACCCAUAUACAAAACAGGCGUCCUCAGAAUUAGUCUUGGAUCUCGCUACGUCUUGUAACAGACAUGAAUUAGAUACAACCUUGUGUCCAACUAACAAAGACCAAUUCGUGGCUGAAUUCUGGCGCUUGCUUGUUGCAUUUGUCAUAAAAAUCAUCCUCACGUUCAUUACAUUUGGGUUGAAGGUACCAUGCGGCAUUUAUGUUCCAUCCAUGGUUGUUGGAGCACUUUUCGGAAGAUUAUUCGGCAUGGCUAUCCAGCUUGCAAAUAAAAGAUUUACGCUUGACGAGCAUCUUAAUAUCGAGGUCAUGAACUACAUUUGUGCUGAGAAUUCAGGCGAAUGUGUGGACUUGGGUAUUUACUCAAUGAUAAGCGCAGGCGCUUUCAUGGCAGGGGUUACACGAAUGAACAUCACUCUUGUCACUAUUUUGUUUGAACUCACAAGUUCCUAUACAUAUGUGUUGCCUAUUGCCAUUGCAAUUGCAGUCGCCAACUGGGUUGGUGGUCUUAUCGAAGAGAACUCUUUAUACGAAGCCUUGCUCAUUGCCAACGAUUACCCAUUCUUAUCUCCUGAAUCUGAAGCAAUUGAUCCAUUUGCUUCUGCUGGUGAGCUUUUACCUGAUGGAGAUUUCUGCAAGAAAGAAGACAGACAUGAGCUCGACGACGAGGAAGACAGCUCCAACAACAAGGGUUCGAGUACUUCAUCUGAAGAUCCAUCAGACGUAUCCCAAUUGAGCAGUUUUGGACUUGAAGAAAAGCUCCAUAUCGAUGUCACCGAGACGCCGUAUGUCUCUACCAGAGUCUUAUGGUCGAAGCUUACUUUGUUAACCAAAAAGUCACUUUUAGACGGCUGUAUUCCUCUUAUAAAAGAAGGGGUUUGCGUGGGUACAAUGUUCUUCUCGGAGUUGGAAUUCUGUUUAGACAGAAUCAGCGAGUUUUCCCAUGAGUUCGAAAUCACCGACGAUAUCUACGUUCGGGUAUUCAAAAUCAGCCCUUACCUAGACUCAGCGUGGAAGCCGUACCUUGAACAUAACUUAAAAGCACUCGGCUUCGCAAUUGACUUCCAGCGCAACAACUCAUACAGAGACGUCCCUCCUGAGGACUACUUCAACUACAGGACCAACGACGAAUAUGUGAACUUUGAAAACGAAAGAAAAGCAUACGAAGCACAUUUGAACUCACUCACCAACGUUACUCGCUACGUCAACACAGAUCCAAUUUUCAUCAACUACGAUGCCUCGUUGACGUUGGCACAUCUUAUAUUCGACAGGAUCGGUACAAGAAUCGUGGUGUUACAAAAAGACGGAAAGUACUACGGCGUUCUCCACAAAAAAGCGCUCGUGGAUUUCUGCCGCAGACCAAAACAGCAUUAA